AUGGCAACUGAACAAGCCAAUGGCAAUAUCACUACCAACUGGAAGAGCUUCUCCGACAAAUCUGGCAACUUCCAACGCCCUGCUACCGUAUUCCGUGACACAAUCUCCAAAGAACCCGGAGCCAAGUUUCCGGCCGAGAAGGGUAGAUAUCACCUCUAUGUCAGCUAUGCCUGUCCUUGGGCACACCGGAUUUUGAUUGCUCGAAAGCUCAAGGGCCUAGAAGACAUUAUCCCAUACACAUCAGUGCACUGGCUCCUCAAAGAUGGCGGAUGGCGCUUUGCAACUGCUGAAGACACAGAUGCUGGAGGAGAGAAUGUGACGCCCGACCCCCUUCACGACUUUACCCAUCUACGACAAGUAUACUAUGAGUCCGACCCCAACUACCAGGCCCGAUUCAGCGUGCCAGUACUGUACGACAAGAUCCAAAAAGUGAUUGUAAACAACGAGAGCAGCGAAAUUCUCCGCAUGUUUGGCACAGCAUUUGACGACAUCAUCGAAGAAAAGUACCGUAAUGUCUCGCUAUACCCUGAGCAAUUCCAGAAACAGAUCGAAGAGGUCCAUCCAUGGCACUACGACAACAUCAACAACGGCGUGUACAAGUGCGGCAUGGCAUCUUCUCAAGAAGCGUAUGAGCGCGCCGUGACGGAACUUUUCGAGGCGCUGGACAAAUGCGAAGGGCACCUCGCGUCGACCGGCGGGCCAUAUUGGUUCGGCAAGGACAUUACAGAGGUCGAUAUCAGACUCUAUGUCACACUUAUUCGCUUCGACGUUGUAUACGUCCAGCACUUCAAGUGCAACAUUCGAGACAUACGCUCAGGCUACCCGCACAUCCACAAAUGGCUGCGAAACCUCUACUGGAACGUUCCCGCAUUCGAGGAGACCACAAACUUCCUCCAUAUCAAGAAUCAUUAUACCAAGAGCCACACGCCCAUCAACCCUCUGUCCAUCACCCCUGUAGGACCCCUUCCGCACAUUCUGCCUCUGAACGAGGAAGUCCCUGCUGUAAAGGCAUACGAGCAGCUUUAA